AUGGCCAGAGUGAACACUGAAGUGUUUCUUGAUCACUUUGAUGCAAAUUCCAUGCUGCACAUAAGUGGUGACGCUGGCUCGCUUUCAAGCGACAUGAUGCACCGCAUUGCCAAAAGUUGUGACGCAUCGGCACCACGCUCAAGAAGGCGACCUGUGUACUGGUGGACGCCAGAAAUCGCAGAGCUCAAAAGAACCUCCUUCUGUAAUAGAAGAAGGUACACCAGAGCCAGACGAAAUAGAGAAGCAGAGGCGGAAGCUGCUGAUUUCAGACAAUCCCGAAAAGCGCUGAAGCAAGCAAUCGUCGCCAAUAAGAAGACAAAAUGGGAAGAACUUCGAAGGGAUCUAAAUAGCAACCCUUGGGAUCUAGGUUAUAAAAUUGUAACGGGGAAGCUAAACGCCAACUCCACAACCGUACAUUUGGACAGUGAUGCUAUCAGCGAAAUAGUGGACAGACUGUUCCCCACGCACCCUAUGCUGUACGGGAACCGAGACCCCCAAGGUGACGAGAUGCUCCCACCCUUCACCGAGGAAGAGCUUAAAACCGGUGCAAGAAGCCUCAAAAGAAACAAAGCUCCAGGCCCAGAUGGCAUCCCAGCUGAAGCACUCAAACUUGUGGCUGACAGCCGACCAGAUGUGAUGCUCGACGUUAACAAUGCAUGCAUGCAAAGCAUCUUCAAUAAGCUGAAGUAA